AUGGCUUCAGUGGAGACGGAGAAUAAGGGAGAACAGGAGGAGGUGGUAGGGAAGGGUGGGGAGCUGCUGUUCUGUGGGGCAACGGCUUGGGCCGAGGUUCGCGUAAAGGGGUCCCGGGAAGGAAAUUUGGUUACUCCUACGAGGCUUCGGUCACUCAUGGGCAUCAAUAUUCGCUAUGUUGCGUCUGGUUGCGCGUCUUGUCAUUGUGUGGCGUUGGAUAUGGAAGGUCGAUGUUAUACCUGGGGACGCAACGAGAAGGGGCAGCUUGGCCUUGGAGAUACAAUCCAGCGCAACAAGCCCUCAAUAGUUUCGGAAUUGUCCAAGCAUAAAGUCAUUAGAGCAGGGGCUGGAAGGAGCCAUACUGUAGUAGUAACUGAAGAUGGGCUGUCUCUUGCCUUUGGUUGGAAUAAACACGGUCAACUUGGUUCAGGCUCAGUAAAAAAUGAAGUUGAACCAUCUCCAGUUCGCUGUCUGGUGUCUGAAGUCAAAACUACUGCUUGUGGGGGUGAUUUUACUGUGUGGCUAACUCCUGUCGAAGCAGCCUCUAUAUUGACUGCUGGUCUUCCACAGUAUGGGCAGCUUGGUCAUGGUACCGACAAGGAGUACAAUACCAAAGAUAGCUCUGUGAGGCUUGCUUAUGAAGCUCAACCCAACCCUCAAACUAUAAUCUCUCUUGCUGGAGAGACCAUAGUCAAAGUUGCUUGUGGAACAAAUCAUACAGUAGCAGUGGAUAAAAAUGGCUAUGUUUACACGUGGGGCUUUGGUGGUUAUGGAAGGCUUGGACACAGAGAACAAAAAGAUGAAUGGGUUCCGCGCCGUGUUGAUGUUUUCACGAAGCAUAAUAUUCUCCCUCCAGAUGCAAUUGUUUCAGCAGGGUCUGCCAAUUCUUCAUGUACAGCUGGAGGAGGACAGCUUUACAUGUGGGGCAAGAUGAAGGUCACUGGGGAUGACUGGAUGUACCCUAAGCCUCUCAUGGAUUUGAGUGGCUGGCAUUUACGCUGCAUGGACUCAGGCAAUAUGCAUCACUUUGUUGGGGCUGAUUCCUCGUGCAUAAGCUGGGGCCAUGCACAAUUUGGGGAGCUGGGAUAUGGACCUGAAGGGCAAAAAUCUUCUGCUAAUCCUAAAAAAGUUGAGAUUCUGGAGGGAAUGCAUGUUUUUAGUGUUGCAUGUGGAUAUGCCCACUCCAUGGUGGUUGUUGAUAGAACUAAUGUUGCUGAUCGACUUGAACAGCUUGAAGUGUAUGAUGGCAAAGCUGGCAACGAAGCUGUGAAUGAUGAACCCGAUAACGGAACUUAUGUUGCUGGAAAAUCUAACAGAAAGAGCUCUGCUAAGAAAUCUGAAAGCUCUAAGAAGAGGAAGAAUUCAGAUGGUGAAUUGGAUUCUGAAGAUGAGGAAAAUAGUCAUAAUGAGAGUGAAGGAGAACGGAAUGGGCAGGCAAAACAUCAGAAAAAACGCGGUGGAAAAGCUUCAGGCAAAGGACAAGGCAAGAGCGCUGGUAACUCUGCUACAGAAAAGAAAGGCAGUGGACAUGGGCUGUGCCAUCCUACAUCAAUGAAAAAAUACAGACCAAAUACAGGAGGAAAAGGAUCGGGUAAGAGGGGAAGACCUGGGAAGUCAUGA